UAUAUAAUAAUGGACCUUAUUAAAAAGCAUGCAUCUUCUUUUCUACAAGACAAGUAUAAAAUUGCUAGGCUUGCCUUUACUGAUGUUACCGAAGCUGAACUGUUGGCUGAGGAAGCAACAAAUGAGGAUUCAUGCAGCCCUGAGCCCAGAACAAUGACUAGAAUUGCAGAAGCAUCUUAUGCCGAAGAUGACUACUGGAGAAUCGUUGAUGUUCUUCACAGAAGACUGUGCAGCGUUGAUUGGAAGCAAUGGAGGCAAGCAUACAAGGCUCUAGUUCUUCUUGAGUUCUUGCUCACUCAUGGCCCUUUAGAUUUUUCUGAAGAGUUUGUGUGUGACAUUGAUGUCAUACAUGAGCUUGGAACAUUUCAAUUCAUAGACCAAAAGGGAAUCAACUGGGGUGCCAAUAUGCAAAGGAAAUCAGAUGAGAUCCUAAAGCUUCUAGGAGGAGGAAAGAGUAAGACUACUACUGCACUCAAAGAAGCUCGUUUGAGAGCUCUCAAAGUAACAAAACAAAUCCAUGGCUUUGGCUUUGGCUUUGGCUAUGGCUUUGGGGGAUCAAUAAUGAAGCCCUCUUCUGCAACCUCAACAUCAACAACUACAACAAAUACUAAUAAUAAUAACUAUGAAGAGAGAAUAGAUGAGAAAGUUCCAAUGAACUACUCACUUGGUGGAAUAAGAUCAUCAGAAAAUGAUGAUGAUGAUGAUGAUGAUACUUGUACUGGAAAUGUUGAUAAUUAUUGUCCUAAUAAUAAUUCAACCCAUGAUGAAACCAACUCUUUUCUUGAUGAUGAUGAUGAGAAAGAAAGAUUUGAUAAUAAUGGUUUUGUUGGUGGGAUUUUCUCAAAGCUUACUAACACUUUUAGUCCAUCAUCAUCAUCAUCAUCAACAAGAGAUUAUUAUCGUGGCUUUAGAAGUGUUUCUGAUGUUGGGAGAGUGGCCAAGAAGAAAUAUAGUCGACAAUCUUCACUAUGGUAUUAG